AUCCCGAAGCUGUUGCCGGUAAAAUCUUUCCAUAUCGUGUCAUAUUACCUUCGUGGAUGCCUCAGCAGCUACAGCUCCUCUACAUGGGUCUGAGCGUUAUUAUCUUUGCCAUACAAAUCAUAGCUGUGGAUUAUUUAAACGUUACGAUCAUCAAUCAAAUUCGUUUUCAAUUGAAUAUUUUGAAUUUGGCUUUCGAUGAUUUGAUUGUUGAGACUCAAACCAACCCAAGGGAAACUAGGCACUUGGUUCUCUAUAAAGAUGAUCCGGUGAGGAGAAUGAAUGCCAUUGUUGAACAUCAUUGUCUGCUGAGAGAGUUACGUCAAGAUACAGAGGAUAUUUUUAGCCAACCUAUAUUGUGGCAGUUCAUGACAUCCGUUAUUAUCUUUGCCAUGACCGGUUUCCAGGCCACCGUUCGCUCGAGUGGCAGCAGUGCGGCUGUACUUAUUUAUGCCUAUUGUGGUUGUAUUUUUUGCGAACUUUUUGUCUACUGCUGGUUUGGCAAUGAAGUUUCCGAACAGAGUAAAACAAUCGGAACGAGCGGUUUUCAUUCAUCUUGGUAUUCAUUUGAUCGACGCUAUGGCAAAUCUCUUUUAAUAUUCCUUACCAAUGCACAGAGGCCAUUUGUGUUCACAGCUGGUGGAUUUAUGGGACUCUCUUUGCCCAGCUUUACCGGAAUAUUGAGUAAAUCGUACUCUUACAUUGCUUUGUUGCGUCAAAUCUAUGGCAAUUAAAACGGCGAGAAGAACAAAGAGAACCUUGGAAA